AUGGCCGCCUUUCUCAGAGGAAAGCAGACAGGCAUGCAAAAUGACCUGUCUGCGUCAAUCCUCCCGGAGCUUUUCGCGCCCGACUACCAGUCAGCCUACGGCAUCAACUCCCAGGUCAGCUGCCUAGCGUUCGAUCCCAUUCAGUCGCUCCUCGCAAUCGCCACAAACGAGAGCAAGUUCGGCCCUGGGAAAAUCUUCGUCUUCGGCCAGAACAGAGUUCAAAAAGUCAUUGAACCGCCAAGGCGCACCUCCUUCCGCUCCCUCCAUUUCACCGCCAACCGCCUGGUAUCCCUUGACGCCAAGAACGAGCUGGGAAUAUGGGAUCUCAAUGCAGGGAAACGCAUAGCCGGCAUCGUCUGCCCUGGCCAUGUCGCCUGUCUGAUCACGGAUCCGAUGCUUGACUGGGCCUUCCUCGGAAUGGCUACCGGAGAAGUCCUCGCCUUUGAUUUAGACAGGGAGGCAUUGACCAAUUCGUUCAGACUGCCAAACUUUUGGAAAGAGAAGGACCCUAAAGCCCGAGUUGUUGGGCUAGUAAGCAUUGCCCUUCAUCCAAGGGAUAUUGGCAAACUUCUCAUUGCAUACACAACGGGUGUGGUUGUCUAUUCGUUCAAGCAAAACAAAGCUACCCAGUUCUUGGAGUAUGUGCUCCAGCCAGGUGCGCCUGGCGGUGGAGGAGAGCCCCCUGAUACGGUUCGAAAGCCGAGACUUUCACAUGCUCUUUGGCACCCCACCGGUACUUUUAUCCUGACGGCCCAUGAUGAUGGAAGUAUGGUAUUCUGGGAUCCCAAGGACGGCCGUGUUGUAAUGGCCCGGACGCUUAGCGAAUUCAAGAUUGAUCAACCAUCACCGAACGCAGGACAUGGAGGGUUUACGGAGCCAUAUAUGAAGAUUGCCUGGUGCUGCAAGGGAAACCCGGAUGACACUGGGCUUCUGAUUGCAGGUGGUCACAGUCCGGACACACCGCAAAAGGGUCUUACUUUCAUUGAGCUAGGCCCCACACCUGUCUAUGCAACUUCUACAUGGCAGGUUCUUCAAGACCACUUGCGAGGCAAACGUCAAAUCACCCUGCCGACUCCACCGGGGGCCCAGGUCAACGAUUUCCUCCUCAUCCCCCGUGCCUCGCCCUAUUUCGCUGGUGCCCAGGACCCCAUUGCCAUCAUGACCUUGCUUUCCUCCGGAGAGCUUUUGACAAUGAGCUUUCCCUCUGGCUAUCCUAUUAGCCCGACAAAUCAGCUUCAUCCUUCGGUUUCCUUCGUCCACCCGUACGUCAACAAGUUUGCUGUCCAAACCGUAGAUCGAGGUCGCUGGCUAGGCAUGGUUGAAACUAGGAACCAGGGCGAGCCCCUUCUGAAGGGUGGUGCCGAAGCGGCGAAGCCGAAACGCAGAUACGAGGGUCGCACAAUUUUCCAAAUCGCACACGGCGACAGUACAGUGCGUAUCUGGGAUGCUGGCCAUGCUGACGAAAUUGAAAACCCUACCAUGCUGCAAGUUGAUGUUGCAAGGUCACUUGGUAGAUAUGAGGACAUUGACAUUACCGCCAUGAACAUGGCCCCUAACACGGGAGAGUUUGCGGUGGGCACCCGCACCGGCGAAGUUGUUCUCUACAGAUGGGCUGGCAAUAGAUUCCACGGUAAAGAUCAUCAUGAAGACUUGCCCUCCAACCCCGGUGGUUUGACGGACAUUAGCUCCAGGGCGGAACCUCCUCUCAAGGAAGGCCUGCAACCAUGGCAACUCUACGAGAUGAUGCAGGGCCCCAUCACAGCCAUCAGUGUUUCAGACGUUGGCUUCAUGGCUGUUGGCUCUGAAGGUGGCUUCUUCAGCAUCAUCGACUUACGCGGCCCGUCUGUCAUCUACCAGAUGUCCAUGACUGAGUUCGCCAAGCAUGAGAAGAGAGCGUCUUUCUUGAAGGGGCAUAACCAAUCCAACGGAAAGGAGUGGCCGGUUGCUAUUGAGUUCAGCGUCAUGACGAUCGAGGGUGACAACUACUCCAGCAUCUGCUGCUUCGUGGGCACAAACACGGGUAGAGUUGCAACAUUCAAAAUCUUACCUUCCGGCAACAGCUACACUGCCAAGCUUGCUGGUGCUCAGCAGUUUGACGGCAAGGUCAUUGCUCUUUGCCCCAUUGUGGCGGACACCGGAAAGCCUGCGCAGGCCACUGGCCCUCUUGUUGCUGGGCUUAGGAACGGGCAUCAAGUCAACGGUGUUUUGAUUGCUGUGACACAAACCGAGAUCCGCAUCUUCAAACCCGCAGGAGCAAAGGGAGCUUCUAAGUCUUUUGACGAUGUCCUUUGCGACGCAGCAAACGUCACAGAAUUUGAGCUCCAUGGAUUCGCUAUCGUUGGAGUAUUCGGCGACAGAACAACCCGUGCGUUUUCCAUUCCCGGCCUCAAGGAAAUCGGCAAGGCUGCUCUGCCCAUGCUCGAUAGCAGCCGUAGCACUGCGGCGGUUGUGACUGUGACUGGUGACAUUUUUGGCUGGACUGGUCCGAGCGAGAUUGCUGUCCUCUCUGUGUGGGGCACUGGGAAAGACCUGCCCGUCAGCGAUGACGUCCUCAUCAACCCUGAGCUAAUCACGCCACCACGUCCUACCAUAUCGAACAUGCAGUGGUUGUCAGGCACUCAGUACAUUUCGCCGACAGACCUUGAUCUUCUCAUCGCCCCUGAUCGUCCUCCCAGCAGGCGCAUGAUUCAAGCAGCAGCUGCUGAGGCUAGGGCCGUUCGCUCUGGUCAAGCAGGCUCAAGCGCUGGCGGUAGCCAGGAGGGAUGGGGAGAUUACUUGACCAGGCAGUUGAAUGAGCGCACCGAGAAGCUCAACAUCAUGAGCGAUAAUAUGGAUAACCUGCAGAACCAAAGUGCGGGAUGGGCUGACGAUGUUGGCAAGUUUAUCAACAAGCAAAAGCGGAACGUUGUCCUCGGAGGACUCAAGAGCAAGUUCUUCUAA